UGAGAAACAAACAAAUGAGUCAUGCACUCCCUCACGGGCCUCAUCUCUUUAAUUCUAAAAGCGCAUUCGUGGGAACCUGCUUUUUGGCCUGUGAUAAUUUCUAACACAUCACAUAUAUUCUACCCGUGACACCUCUCUCAUGCUUCUCCAAUCAUCCCCACCUCACCAAAUCCAAAAACUAACACUUGACACCAUUAUUAUUUCCUAUAUAUAGUCCUUUCUCCGAAACUCAUGAUCCACCACUCUUCAAUUAACAAAUGCAAUGCCAAUGCCAAUGCCUUGUCGUCUGAUUUUCCAUGCGACAAUUGUGCUUCUGUUGCUGAAUACAAGAUGCCACACCACGGAGCAGCAGUUCAUGAAAUGGGUUGAUUUUGUGGGAAGCCUCAACCAUUCCCUAUUCAAGACCGCCACCAACAAGGCCUCACCAUAUCGCACCAUCACAGUCCACAAAAAUCCCAAAUAUGGAGACUUCACAUCCAUUCAGGAUGCAAUUCACUCUAUACCUACCAUCAAUCUUCUCAGAGUCCUCAUCAAGGUCCAUGCAGGCAUUUACACUGAGAAGGUGACAAUACCUCCAUUGAAAUCAUACAUAACGAUCGAAGGCGGCGGAGCAGACGAAACCAUAGUGCAAUGGGGCGACACAGCCGCAACGCAGCCUCUGGGUACGUACGGGUCGGCCACAUUCGCGGUGAACUCCCCAUUCUUCAUCGCGAAGAACAUCACAUUCAAGAACACGACGCCGGUGCCGGCGGCGGGCGCGGUGGGGAAGCAGGCCGUGGCGUUCCGGAUAUCGGGCGACACGGCGGUGCUGGUGGGGUGCAAGUUCGUGGGGGCGCAGGACACGCUGUACGAUCAGGUGGGCAGGCACUACUACAAGGAUUGCUACAUGGAGGGCUCCGUGGACUUCAUCUUCGGCAACGGGCUCUCCCUGUUUGAGAACUGUGACGUGCAUGCGAUAGCGCCCCGAGUGGGGGCGGUGACGGCGCAGGGAAGAAGCAGCAUAUUAGAGUCGAGUGGAUUCUCGUUUGUCAAGUGCAGAGUGAGGGGGUCGGGGGCUCUGUAUCUUGGGAGGGCGUGGGGCCCCUUUUCUAGGGUCGUCUUUUCCUACACUUACAUGGACAAUAUUAUCAUCCCUAAAGGCUGGUACAACUGGGGCGACCCUUCCAGACAAAUGACUGUAUUCUAUGGGCAAUACAAAUGCACAGGAGCAGGGGCGAAGUUUGCAGGAAGAGUGGCAUGGUCAAGAGAGCUUACUGAUGAAGAGGCUAAGCCUUUUCUCUCUCUGAACUUCAUUGAUGGCCCUGAAUGGAUCACUAUUUGAUUCUCAUCAUAUUUACCUAUACAAUAUCAUUUUUUUUUCUUUUUGGUCGAUGAUAUGUAUAAAAUUCCUACGCAUUAUUCAUCAUUUAUCAGCUCGACCAACCAAAAUCAAGGAGAAGAAAAACAGUGACAUUCUACCAAGGGGAAAUAGCGUCAGAAUUCCUGUAGUUUGGCCCGUUUCGCAUUUUUACCAUGAUCUAAAAAUCUCUCGUUAAAACCCUUAAAAUUAAUCC